AUGCAUCAUCAUUACUAAACUUCCUAAAAUGCCCCCUUAGUUGCCAUUACUAUGCGGUUGACUACGUGAAGACUCCGCAUGCUCCCUCACCACAACCUCGUCAUACGACGGCGGCAGGUCUCCUGCGCGUUCUUCCUGCUCACAUAAACUGGCAACUCCUCCCUCGCUUCCCCUCUAUCGCCCUGCGCCCUAAUCCACAGAUUCACAAACAGAAAGCCAGGCCCAUUCAUGUCCACCAACGGCGUCCGAUCCCUCAACCCCAUCCUGCGCGGCUUCGCCUCUACCGCGUACUUCAUCGCGUCCUGCAGCAGAUCCGUUCUUCCAUGUUUGUGCGGCGCGAACUGCAGCGUCGUGCGUCUCAGAUGUUCGGAUGGAUCCAGAUCCAUGCGGGCCCCGGGUGCGUUGAGCUUGACUUUUAGUGGGCCGAGGAGGGCUCAUGCAGAACGUGAGGACCGGAGGAGUGGAGGGGGGAUGGGGUAGUCGAGGUCGAUGGCACGUUCGCUGUAAGCCAGGAGUUUUGGGGAGUGGUAGGAUGGGGAGUCUGGGCUGGUGUUAGCGGGUGUGCUAGGAGGAUUGGGGUUGUGAUCUGGUAGAGAAGUAGAGACAAGAGAGGGGUACAACGCCCUUGCUCCGUUACUGUACAA